AUUUUGCAUUUCCAGAGAGAGAGCUUUAUUAAAACAAUAAAGUUAUCUCCCUUGUCAGCUCCUGCACAGUGCUUUGUAUGGCUGUGCAUAGCACAGCCAUACAAAGCAGUGUGCUUACAGCUGAAAGCACUAACACAGCACACAGUAAAACAGCACACAGUAAACCCUUUGAUCAUUCCUCAUGUUAACACCUUCCUGCCCAGUGCCAUUAGUACAGUGUCAGUGCUUUUUGUUAGCACUGAUCACUGUACUGGUAUCACUGGGGAUGUCAGUGACACCAAGUCAGUUCCCCCCAGUGUCAGAAUGCCCGCUGCAGUCCUUCUAUAA